ACCGAGAACUCUUGCCCUUCAUAUCUUUGGAAACAGUAUCUUGGGCAAGAGCAAGCAAAUUUAUCUGCAAUUUGCUUGCAAUUAUUAUUAUUUUUAGAAUAUAUGUUUUUAAAAAAAGAGAACUAAAAACGGAUCAAAAGAUUUCGAGGGGUUGCUAUACAAAAGAUGGCUAUGGAUAACAGGGUUACGAGUAUUGCAAUCCUGGUUUUUUGUUCGGCUUUGGCUUGUUGUAAUGCAGGUGGAGUUGCAGCACCUCAAAACAUUGGCCAAAUCUUCAAUGUUUUGAACUAUGGUGCCAAACCUGGAAAAAAUUUUGACUGCACCCAGGCAUUUAUUCUGACAUGGAAAGCCGCAUGCAAUUUCGUGGGCCCAAGAGCAAGGUUCUUUGUUCCUCAAGGGAUUUUUACAGUUGGAGAGGCUGUUUUCCAAGGGCCAUGCAAGAGCCAGUUCCCGAUCUAUUUUCAGGUCGCCGGAACCGUACAGGCAAUGCCGGAUCCCUCCGUGUACAGCGGACAGGGGUGGAUGUCGUUCAGUCACAUCAACGGCUUAAUUAUCACCGGCGGAGGCACCAUUGACGGCCAAGGACCUCUUGUGUGGCAGUACAAUGACUGUAAACGCAACGGCAACUGCGUCCAUUUACCCGCGUCUAUGCAUUUCAAUGAUGUGCAGCAUGUGAAAAUCAAGGGGCUCACGUAUUUGAACGCCAUGGGAUUCCACAUGCACAUUACCAACAGCUUCAUGGUGAGCGCCCAUAGCCUGACCAUCACUGCUCCGGAAGACAGCCCCAACACCGACGGCAUGCACGUCAGCAAAUCCAACUCCGUCAAGAUCGCCCGAAGCACCAUCCGAACCGGCGACGAUUGCGUCUCCCUCGGUCAGGGCGCUACCAACGUCACCGUUAACAAAGUUAUCUGUGGCCCUGGUCACGGCAUCAGUGUUGGAAGCUUGGGGAAGUACCCGAAAGAAGCAGAUGUGAGAGGACUAAUUGUGAAAAACUGCACAUUGCAAGGAACGGAUAAUGGGAUCAGAAUCAAAACAUACCCUGCAUCAGAUCCAAGUGCCGCCGCUGGGAUGUUCUUCAAUGAUAUUGUCAUGGAAAAUGUGAAAAACCCAAUCAUCAUCAAUCAAUUCUACGGCAGCUCUUCCCCAAAGCCAUCUCAAGUGAGGAUCAGUGACAUUGUGUACAACAACAUAAGGGGAACCUCAGCAACAGCAGUGGCAAUUUCACUAAAGUGCAGCCCAGCAUUUACAUGCACAAAUCUGCAUUUCAGCAACAUCAAUUUGAGGCCUAGCCCAACUGCCAAAGGGGUCUUCACAUCUAAUUGUAGCAAUGCCCAUGUCAUGGCCAAUGGUCCACACUUCCCAGCCCCUUGUAAAUGAACUAUAAUUAAGCAGAACAAAAAGAAAAAAUAUUAAUAUUAUUCUUUGAUGGAUAUUAUUAAUAUUCCAUCCGUUUAAUCCAAAAUGUUAUGCUUCUUUUUUCAUUUUCCACUCUCUUUUUCUCAUGCAGACCGUAUUACCUUUUUUUAAAAAUAUUUUCCUAGGAUGUAUUUCGAGUAUUGCGAGA